CACAGACAAAACUUCACUGGCUUCGUGUUCUUAGCUUCUCGUUUAUUUUUAAAGCUUAGAAAGUACUUUUGCUAGUUGUUUUGAAUCCAUUCUUUUCAAACCUUUAUCCGAAAUGGGGAUUUCUCCCCUGUUUUUGAUGUGCGUUGUAGGCUUGCUGGUGUUGCACCGUGUUGGUGCAUCUCAUUUCAGGGGUGGGAUCAUCACAUGGAGAUCGCUACCCGACAACCCACGAUCGGUUGAGGUCACAUAUCGUCUGGCAUGGAAGAAGGACUUCAUCGAGCAGAACUUUGACGUCUGCACGGCAGAGGCGGUUGAAGACAAGACUGAGCUCUUCAUCGGCAAGAGGCUGUACCUCAAUGAAGAUGUUGUCAUUAAUGAUAUGUCUUAUAUCUGCACUGAUUAUAACGUAGCAGGGGACUAUGCAGCUGGUGUGCAGACUUACAUCAUACCUGUUCCUGAUGGUGUUUUUGCCUUUGAUAUCAGCAUUCAAAGUUGUUGCUGGGUCGCCCUCCAGAAUUAUCCAGUACCCAGGAACUACCAGCUGAACGCUACUGUUGACUUGACUCCAAGAGCCAACCGUGGGAACCAGACCAACUCUUCACCUACAGCCUCUAUCGUACCCGUGCAGUUUGUGCAACAAUCAUGCAACCAUGUCAUACGCAUUCCUGUGAGUGAUCCUGACGGUGACGUGGUGAGGUGCAGAUUUGCCGACCCUUCUCGCAACGAGUGUUUCAAAGUCUGCGGUGCAUUGGAAGCCUCCAACCUUGAGAGCUCCGAGACAGAGUGUACAUUGACCUACAAUGGGCCGAAUCAAGUUGGAUGGUACGGAGUCACCAUCAUGAUCGAAGAUUUCAAUCGUAGGAGGCCCAACCGCCCUCUAAGUAGGGUGCCUCUUCACUUCCUGAUCAAAGUGACGGCAAGCGAUGAAAACUGCCACCGACCUGGUUUCGUCAAUCCAACCCCUGAUAAUGGAGAGUGUUUACCUGCGGCAGUCGAUCAACCUAAGACGAUUCGUCUCGCUGCAAGGAGUGAAAACUCCCAGUAUGUCAUCACAGGCAUAUCUACUUUCGGACUUCCUCUGGGCAUGGAAGUAACACCCCUGACCUCUGACCCAGCCGACCCCAUGACCUUUUAUGUUGACCUCCAGUGGACUCCGCCUCAGUCUCAGAGAGGACCUCAUCACAUCUGCUUCUCAGCGUUUGACCAAAAAGACGAUCAUGAGUUUGCUUCAGAUCAAGUUUGCAUAACAGUCCAUGUGGGGGCUCUUGCUACACACCCUGUGCCAGAGCUUUCCAGACCACAUGAAGGAGAAGAAAUGGUUUCCAUCUUCAAUGAAGAGUGGGAGAUACAGUUUGAUUCCUCGAUAACACAACACGCAACAAGCGAGGGGGCUAUAGUCUCAAUCAUUAAAGUUGAAGGGAACGAGCCAGUCCACACGGUCAAUCUCGCCGAUGAGACUAAUGUCCAAUUCCCACUCGACGAACCUAAUAAAGUCCUCUUUACAACUCUGGGCUUGGUUCUUGAAGGAAGUACUGAGUAUAUGAUUCGUGUGCACGAGGGCGCUGUUCUAAGUGCAGUGGGAUGCAAGUCUGUUUCUGCCAGUCACGAGUGGCAUUUCACAACUGGAAGAGAUUUGGUACUCGCUGCAUCUCGUCUCCCUCCUCAAGAAGUCAGGAGGCAUACCGUGGAGCCAGAGUGUUUUGCUGGCUACAUGGCCAUCUAUGUGUCUAAAUCUUGGUUAUCAUCGGUCAGCUCUCUGGUGGACCCUGCAGGGAUGCAUCUCAACGAGCCGUCAUGCAUUGGAGAGGAUUUCAACGAAACGCACUUCGUCUUGGGUGCUUCGCACGACAUGUGUGGUACUGUUGUCACAUCGGAAACAGAAGACAUUCAGGUAGUGGAAAACAUUGUGUACAUCCCACCACAGCCAGACAGCAUCGGCUCUUCAGUCACCAGAGAUAAGAACAUCGAAGUCCACGUUGAGUGCCGUCUAACAGGUUCACGGCUAGCUCAUGUUCAGUUCGAUCCUAACGUAACCACGAUCAUCUACCAUGAAGUCGGUUAUGGGACGUUCAACUUCCAGAUGCGAAUGUACGAGGACAGCGCAUUCCAGAGGAAGUUCAAACCCAUUAACUUUCCCAUCGACGUGGACCAAAGCCAGAGGUUGUACUUUGAAGCGAAGGUGGUGACGAACGAAGACUUGUCAAUGUUUCUGGAUUCAUGUCGAGCGACCCCAACGGCUAACCCCAGAGAUCCAACAAAGUACAUCUUCAUUAAUAAAGGAUGCAAAGUGGAUGACACAGUGGAGUUCCAUUCCCAUCCUAGUAGUCUGCGACAGAGAUUCUCUAUCGAGGCCUUUGCAUUCCUAGGAGAGAACCUCCAUGGAUCGGUAUUUAUUCACUGUGACAUAGCGACGUGUCACGCGGUCGACCUUCAAUCUCCAUGCGCAAGGGGCUGUCAAGACUCGUCUGUCAUUUCAAGGAGGGAUGUAUCCCAGUCUGGUUCAUCUUCCAAGGCCUACCCAAACACAGACGGACCCAUACGGAUCAGGACCGGGGAUAAAGUGCCUUGGAACCCAAUCUCAGCCUCUAGAGACUACUUCAACUUCUCCUAUGUGGAGUUACCGAUGCUGACGGCCACCGUCAUUCUACUGUUUGUCAUCUUGAUCGUCUUAGUACGAGCUCUCAAAGCGAUGAGGCGGCACAAGAAAGACUCGCCCUCCUACCCUCAUCGCGUGGAUCGACUCAAGCUACCGUCUAUCAGGAUACCUGAUGAGUAACUAUCUAUGGCAUGUGAUCUCUGCGUCAGUGCGCUUUAGCUUUACGUUUUUCUCUUUAAAAGGGAACUUUUUAUUGAGCACAAUGGCUGGACCACACUAUGCUGCAUGCUUUGAUUGUUCAGUCAAUCUAAUGUGUGGCAACUGAUGAACACUUUUAUUAGUUUGAAUUAGUUGCUUUAUUUAUGAAUGUUUUAUGUUUUGACCGCUCUAAGGUUUAACGGCAGUGGACACUAUUGGUAA